UAGUCUGAGCAGGACCAGACGGUCGAACGGAGCUGUGCCAUGAAGACUCAGAAUUGCCGAGACAUUACGCCGCAAUCGCCCCCCUGCAGACGGAGGCCCCGUUUCCGUCUGCGUGGCAGAACAAAGAAGAACAGGAUGAUUCGAGGCAAGCUCCGCAUCCGUUCCAUGCCUGGAGCGUUCCUGGUGCUGGGGGUGGUGGUGGUGGCCGUCGGCGCUGCUCUGGCUGUAGCUGGCUACUGGCCGUAUCGCUUUUCAAGGUCAUCCAUCCCAGAAGAUGCAGAACAGGAGAGCAUUUCUGAUCCGCAGCCGGCUGGCUGGAGUCUAAACACCAAGGGACUCCUCUCUACAUCGGGUCUCCUCCAUGGUGACCGCAUGAAGCUCCUGGGGCCAGUCAUCAUGGGAGUCGGACUCUUCAUCCUGAUAUGUGCAAACACUGUCCUGUAUGAAAACAGGGACAAAGAGACUCAGAUGCUGCUUGCUCAAAUGCGUAACGUUAUCUGCUCUGUAUCAGCAGCUGUGCCCACUGCAGGCCUCGGAGAAUUAGCAGCAGCCAACUCUAUGACCAAACACUAUCAGUGGGUAAGCAGUCUGCCUGCUGCUCAUCUCAAUAUCCUAUGUCUGCAGGACUUGGCAUAUUCUGAGCCCCUGCUUCAGACAGCCUAUACCAGGGACCAGGAGGCCAGUGUGGGAGGCAUCCAUCAGCAAGCAGCCCUGAAGACAGAAGUCCUUCAUCACCAGGAAUCACCGCCUCUUCCCUCACUGCCCUCAUCCCAUUUUAACCUGCAGAAACCCUGCCAGGAGGACAGUGUUUCACAGACAGGGGCAGAACUAAGCAGCAAAGACGGUUUGAGUCUGAACACCGCUCCACUCCCCAAGUUAAACUUCUGCCUUGUGUCUGCCAGCUCUAUGUCCAACCUCAGGCUGGGGGAUGGUGACCUCCCUGUUGCCCAACAGAGACGCUGUCACAGCAUGAGCUACAGGACUAAACCUGACAUAGCCAAAUGUCGGAUGCACUUCAAAAAAGAACUGCUCCCAUUCGAAAGACAAAAUCAGGCCAAAGGCCUUCAAAUCAAAGAAGCAGAAACCUGUUCUCAGGUCUGUGUGAGGAUCCCUGUGGAGGCAGCAGAGGAGGACCAGACUCAUGGAAGCUGGCCUCGACUGGAGCUCGUAGGUGGGAGGCGGUACCUGAAACUGGAGAACAAAGAGGACUCUGUUGACAAACUGCUGGACCAGUUGGAGCAGCAGUGUUCCCACUGGGAUAGGAGCUUUGGCUCUGGACCAUUCCAGUAACAGUUGAAAACCACAAAAAGAAGAUAUUUUUCUAAUUUUAGGGUCCUGUCACACCAUGCCGAUUUUGCCAGCGUAUGCCUGACGUCUCAGAAUAUUCUAAAACACUGGCACACCCUAUGUAUUUUUUAAUUUUGUGUAUAUACAUAGCAUAUUCUUAACAAGUCCAGAGCGUAUGUCCAACGACAGCCUAACUUAUGCAUAAUGCAUGGCAGCAUAAUGCCAAUGAAAUGUCAGAAACCAGAGUCCUGAGGGGGGCAGCGAUGCACCCGGAGGCACCUGCAUAAAAGAUUUGAUCGCGAUACUAACUUAGCUAACAUUUACCGCACGCAAAAAGAAAAAAAUUAAAGAAAAGAAAGAAAGAAAGAAGGUUUCAGUGUCAUGUCUUCUAAGAAGUGUGUUGGUAGUGGGCAUGAACGCAGGGAGGAUCCAUCACUCACCUUCUGGCUCACCCUAUGAUGGGGAUGAAGUCAGUCCCGUGAACCCCCUUUAUACCAAAACGCUGCCAA